UAUAAGCUUUAUUUAAAGUAAAAAAAAAAAAAAAAAAAACAAAGAUAACCAAAGAUUUACAUCAGAAAAUAUGAACAUCAUGAUGGUAUUUUUUAUCGGUGUCCAUGGAUUUCUACUGAUUCAAUCAUUUGUUUCAGGUCGACUGUUGAAACCAAGGAUAUCUUUUGACAAAUACCCGUUUGUUGGCGAGCGAGUACAUUUUAAAUGCAAUUUAGUUUAUGAAAGUAACAACACUUAUACUUAUUUCUACGGAAAUGUACACUCUCGAGAUAACUUUUUAGAUGUCACCCAUUUGGAUAAAGGAAGAAAAGUAUAUUGCCAAUCAACUAAUUGGAAUGGCGUAAAAUCGAAUUUCAGUAACGAGCUGACAUUAGACCCACAUUAUGGACCGGAAGACGUUCAGAUAUCUCCUACAGGCGAUGUUUACAAUGUUACUGAACAUGACAGACUCUCUCUUGUGUGUUCAGCAAAGUGCAAUCCAGGUUGCAAAUUUUCUUGGACAAACAAAAAAUGGCAGAAAGCUUAUCUAUGGAGUAACCUUAAAUUCAACAAAGUGAAACGAGUGAACGGUGGACUGUACAGUUGCCACGCCAAUCACAGGGAAGUAACCACAAAAACUAAAGUGAAAGCUAUAACUAUAAACGUUCUCUAUUCUCCGACUUUCUCUGAUUAUAUACGAUUUGACGCUAACUUUACAAUGUCAUGGAAUUAUAACUUCCCGGAAGGCAAGUUCAAUUUUCUGGUUUUCAUCCAGAGCAAUCCUACAUCCAGCAUACGAAUAAUCACUUCAGACCUUAACAUACAGGUAGCUGCACAUUGUUCUAGAAUCAGGGAAUCAGGUUAUUACAGACUAGGACUUCCUCGCAUGUCAUGUGAAAACUCGGGAAACUAUACAUUAGUAGCUAGCAAUGGUAUUGGUAUGAGUUCUAAUAGGACAGUGCAACUAACUAUAUUGUGCAAGCCUAAAGAACUUCUUAUUGCUCCGAACGAAACACAUACUAAACUUGGACAAGAAUGGAUUGUGCAGUUAUCUUUGAUAUCUAAUCCAAAACCAAACGUCACAUGGGUAAACAGAACCAGCAAUCAAUGGGAACUGAUAGAGGUUGAGGAUUUGAGAUUCAAAUUUACUUCAGUUUUAAAGGCUGACCAGCUGUUAGAUUAUGGAGUGUAUGGAGUAAAAAUCUGUAACACUAUUGGAUGUAUCACAGAAUAUGUCGUUUUACAUCCAAAAGAAACAAUGGAUUAUUUAGUGUAUGCAGUUUCUGGUGGAGGAGCAGCACUGUUCUUAAUAUGUAUAGUCACGUGUUGGUUUUGCUGUAGAAAAAAACGACAGCAAAGCAAAGCAAUCGUUCAGCAGCAUAAAAACAUCCAAGAAAAUGGUGAUCACGAAAAUGUUGAACAUUUAUAUGAUGAUAUAACCACUAGCUAUUUCUCGGUUGUACAUUACCGUACUUCAGAACAAGAAGACACCAACGCAUUUACUAAUCCUGGUUAUGUAAACUUACAACAGCCAAAGCAAGAGAUAGCUAAUCAUAAUAACAAAAACGAGCCCUCGUCACGAAAAUAUGUGAACAUAAAAUAGUAAAAACUCUUGUUUAAAAAGCAGUUUAGGCUAUGAAGUAACACACACUAUUUCAACUGUUUUGUACUCGUUGUUCUAUCUUUUUAGUACAAUUUGAUAUGUCUAAUGAAUUUUUAUUAUUAUUUUUUUUAUCGUUUAGUAGUGAUUAACAUAAACAA